CUUACUAAAAUGUGUUUCAUAACAAAACGUCACAUCCUGUGACCGCUGCUAAAGCAUCUGAGCAAUCAGAGGACCUCGUCUCAAUGUUGCGCUGGAUUGCAGCAUCCUUGUGCCUGCGAUGUCAACAUGUCCCACUUUUACCUUCAAACCUCAGGGCUUGUUCGACUCUCAGCUCUGUGGAGAACCAACAGACUGUGGAAGCUCUUUAUGAGCUCUCUGUGGACAUCCAGAAAGUUCGUAAACUUAAAGGAUGGGUGCUACAUCAAACUCCAGCCUACACUAAGGAGGUAGCUUGCCUGCUGAGAAACAUGGGAGCCUCGAGCCCCAUCAUUGCUCAUAUCUUGGUCGUUCACCCUGAGGCUGUCCUCUGCAAUCCAGAGCAGCUGCAGGCUCAGCAGCAGCUAUGGAUGUCUGUUUGUCGGAACCACAGAGAGCUGAUUGGUAUUAUUGAGAAAUUCCCAGCCUCCUUCUUCACCGCAUCCAGUCACCAUGAAAACCAACGGAACAACAUUGCUUACUUCCAGAGCCUUAACCUCAACAAACGGAUUAUUACCAAACUGAUGGCCAGUGCUCCACAGAGCUUCAGCAGGCCUGUAGAGCAGAACCAACUGAUGGUCUGCACCCUCCAACAGGCCUACAGGGAGCUUGGUGGGGAUGAAGCCAACAUGAAAAUAUGGCUGCAGAAGCUGCUGAGUCAGAACCCAUUUGUUCUGUUAAAACCACCGGAGAUGCUAAGACAGAAUCUGAUGUUCCUUAAAGACAAAGGGUUCACCACAGCAGAGCUCCUCCGACUUCUCUCCAAACUGAGGGGUUUUGUCACUGAGCUGAAUCCGGACAGCAUGUGUAGGACCCUGGCUUUCUCUCAGGAAACCAUCGGCUGCUCUGAUGCAGAGCUGAGGGAGAUUAUCCUCGAAUGUCCAGCUCUUCUUUACUAUCCAGAAUCGACUUUGGCCGAGCGCUUUGAGGGCCUCCUCAGCUCUGGAAUCAGCAUGCCUCAAAUCAUAAAGACUCCAACUGUCCUGGAGCUGACCACGCAGAUUGUAAAAUACCGCAUCCACCAACUGAAAAUACGUGGUUAUGAUAUUAGCACAGGUAGUCUAGACAUCAUAAACGGUACAAAGAAAGACUUUGAGAUGAGCUUUGGGAAACUGCAGCUGCGCAGAGAGAGACCUCUUUUUAAUCCUGUUGCUCCUCUAAAAGGAGAUGACUAAGCAGAUGAUGGAUUUAUAAAAGUAGUAACUGAUAAUUAGUCUUUGCUUGUUGUUCUGAUGAGGAUUUUUAAUGCGUGCCUCUAUCAUAAUACUGUACUACACUUAAUGGUGCACUCAUUUUUAAGGUUACGUUUGCAUGAUGGAAAUUCAGCAUAAAAUAUCUAAGGAUGCCUUAAAUAUUUAACUGAAACAACCCCUGGUGGGAAAUGUUUAAGUUUAAAAUUGAACGUGGGUAAAAGAACUUCUAAUGCAGUUUUCUUCACAUUAAUCGAAAGAUUAACCUUAAGUAUUGUGCUUUCUUUCCAACUGCUGCCAAACCUCCACAGGUUUCAGGAUGUUAAGUUAAUAAUAUCCAAUUAAAAUGUAAUCAUUGA